AUGUCUUCUUUUUUCUGUCUUUCCUUCAAUCGUGGCCGAUGUCUUCUUUUUUUUCUGUCUUUCCUUCAAUCGUGGCCGAUGUCUUCUUUUUUUCUGUCUUUCCUUCAAUCGUCGCCGACGUCUUCUUUCUUUUCUGUCUUUCCUUCAAUCGUGGCCGAUGUCUUCUUUUUUCUGUCUUUCCUUCAAUCGUUUUGUCUUCUUCUUUUCCAUCUUUCUUUCCUUUCAAUCGUAGGCCGAAAUCUUUCUUUCUUUUCUGUCUUUCCUUCAAUCGUUGAUGUCUUCUUCUUUUCUGUCUUUCCUUCAAUCGUGGCCGAUGUCUUCUUCUUUUAUUUCUUUCCUUCAAUCGUUGCCGAUGUCUUCUUCUUUUCUGUCUUUCCUUCAAUCGUAAUUAUGUCUUCUUCUUUUUCUGUCUUUCCUUCAAUCGUUGCCGAUGUCUUCUUCUUUUCUGUCUUUCCUUCAAUCGCUAUCAUAAUUCUUGUCUUCUUUUUCUUUUUUUUGUCUUUCCUUCAAUCGUGGCCGAUGUCUUCUUCUUUUCUUUUUUCCUUCAAUCGUGGCAAUCUCUUCUUUUUCUGUCUUUCCUUCAAUCGUAGCCGAUGUCUUCUUUUUUUUUUUCUUUCUUUCCUUCCAUUCGAAAUUGGUCUUUUUUUCUUCUUUUAA